GUAUUCGUUUGUGUGGCAAGUCUGUCUGGAAGUGACAGAUAAGAGCAAUGAAUUAUAUCCGCUUGUAUCCUACUUUAGUAGCAAAAAAACAUUACCUAAUUAGUACAUUUGUCAAUUUGUAAGAGUAUAAAGUAUAAAGUUAAAUAGUAAUAGAAACUGGUGUAAAACUCCAUUUACUUUCAUUAUUAUUAAACACAACUAAUUUUUCAGUAAAUACUAUGGCGCAAAAUCCACUUGACCUUGCUACGGAAACACAUAAAUUACGUACACUGAUUUUAAAUGCCCGGAAACCGUUUGUACUUCGCAAUUUUAAAAUGAAUUGGAACUGUUUUGAGCAAUCGUUGGAGGAAUGGUGUGCAAAUUACGAUAGAGAAGUGAAUUCAUUGACGGAAUUCGAGGUAAUGCCUUGUAAUCAAGGAAACAAUACGCCACACUGGGAACGCUGCAGAGAAUCUAUACGAAUGAGCUUGUCACAAUUUUUAGGGAAGCAAAAGACUUCGACUGAUAAAUUUUGGAUUGGUUUAAAUUAUCAAAGAAUAAAGAAUUUGCCAAAUGCGCUUAAGCAGGGUAUUGACUUUUCUAGGUUAGGUUUUAGCGAAACUACCAACGAGUGUAAUUAUUGGUUGUGCUCUACACAAACGAAUACCCCUUGCCACUAUGAUACCUACGGAUGUAAUAUAGUCGCGCAAGUUUAUGGAAGAAAGUCAUGGAUACUUUUCCCCCCUAACACACCUCUUUCUUGCACAAGAGUACCUUAUGAAGAGUCCAGUGUUUACUGCGAGGAAAAUCUGUAUGCACCAAGUCCGAAAGAGCAUCAGCGCUUAUCAGAGUUGCAUGAAUCAGUCUACCGAUGCAUAUUAGAUGCAAAUGACGUAUUAAUCGUGCCGAGACAUUGGUGGCAUUAUGUGGAAGCAGUAGAUGUGUCAUUUAGCAUCAAUUAUUGGAUUCCUUUAGAAAAUGACAUAGAAGAACAAUUAAAAGAGUGCAUUGUUAAAAUAUUAAUUGAGCGCUUCGUACAAAGCGGAGGUAGAGAAGAACAAAAGUAUAUUCUAAACCCUAACCAGUUGAAUGAGAUUGAAAGUGAUGCAGAAAUAUUUGAAAUUUUAGAAUAUUUGUACAAUAACUUAAAAACGGAUCGUUCUGCACCGAAAUCACGCAAACUUAGUGUAACCCGACAUCCCUAUCAAUAUUUAAGCGAACAGGAAACUGAAAAACUAAUUCAAGAUUUGCCGAAAGGCAUGAUAGAAAGGGUGUCACCAAUGCAAAGUAAUGAUUAUGAAAUUUUACUUAAACAAAAUGCGAAACGUUUCAGUGCAACACAAACGAACAAUGUACAGGAAUCUAAUCCUUUAGGUAAUAUUAAAAGAGCGCUGAUAAACAGUGUGUGUGCACCGUCGGUUAUAGAACAAAUCAAAAUUGAGUUUUUUAAGCGCAAUAGACAGUAAUCAAAUAUAUUUCAACUAAAAUUUGUAAUAAAAAUGCAUUUCCAAUAA